AGGUCUCGGGCCCCCAGGCGGAGCGGCGGGCGCCGGACCCCCAGGCGGAGCGACAGGUCUCGGGCCCCCAGGCGGAGCGGCGGGCGCCGGACCUCCAGGCGGAGCGACAGGUCUCGGGCCCCCAGGCGGAGCGGCGGGCGCCGGACCCCCAGGCGGAGCGACAGGUCUCGGGCCCCCAGGCGGAGCGGCGGGCACCGAGUCACCAGGCACGACAGUGGGCUCCGAGUCAACUGGCAUGACCGCUGGCACUGGGUCAGACAUUGGAUCGUGUGGCUGGACAGCGGGCAUCGGGUCACCAGGCAUCAGGUCAUUUGGCUUGACAGCGGGCACCGCGUCAUCUGGCAAGGCAGUGGGCUCCGAGUCAACUGGUAUGACCAUGGGCACUGGGUCAGACAUUGGAUCGUCUGGCUGGACAGCGGGCAUCGGGUCACCAGACAUCAGGUCAUUUGGCUCAAC